AUGGCUUCCGUUGUUCUGUUCGAGGAAGAGAUCAAGAGGGGCCAACGAGCUGCCAAACUGGCUGCAUUAGAUCGUCAGGAGCUUUCUAUGCAGCUCCGCUUGCGGACACAAGAAGCCGUAGAGAGCGAGUACAAGUUUACACGGAUGGCUGAGUUCGUUCCGGUUGGAAUGUUUAUUGCCAACCACGAAGGCUUGAUCAACUUCUGCAACGACUCGUGGUGGGAGCUCUCCCGCCAUCCUAGAUCAGCGGAUAGCGUCGAUGCUUGGAUGCAAAGCAUUCGAGACGAAGACAGGCCAGGAGUCGAAGCCGCCUGGACAAAAUUGAUCACCGAGCGAAUAGCUGUAACGCACGAGUUCAGGUUCAAAUGCUCUCGGGAAGCCGACGGGCACGCCAUUGAUACCUGGGUCCUCAUGAGUGCCUAUCCUGAAAGGGACGCAGAUGGCGGUCUGAAAAGCAUUUUCGGAUGUUUGACCGACAUUUCACAACAAAAAUGGGCAGAAGUCUUCCAGAAACAACGGCGGGAGGAGGCUGUUGAACUCAAACGCCAGCAAGAGAACUUCAUUGAUAUCACUAGUCAUGAGAUGCGCAAUCCCCUCAGUGCCAUUUUGCAGUGCGCUGAUGAGAUCAUCAAUGGUGUCACCAAUUAUCGAACAGAGGAUCCUUCAUCCUAUGUUCCGGGUAAUCUGAAUGUUCUACUGGACAGUGCUCUCGAGGCUGCAAAUACAAUCUCACUGUGUGCUAGUCAUCAGAAGAGGAUUGUCGAUGAUAUUCUCACGCUCUCAAAGCUAGACUCUCAGCUUCUGUAUGUUACCCCUGUCGAUGUACAGCCUGUAGCGGUGAUAGAGACAGUUCUGAAAAUGUUUGAAUCGGAGUUGAACAGCAACAGCAUUCGAGGAGAGUUUAGGAUUGAUCCAUCUUUCCAAGAGCUGAAUAUCAACUGGGCCAAGCUUGACCCGUCACGCCUGCGGCAGGUCCUCAUCAACCUAAUGACCAACGCUAUAAAAUUUACUCAGAGUCGGGAAAAUCGGUCCAUUGUUAUUACUCUAGGCGCCUCACGGAGAAUAUCUGAAGCUUCACCUGAAUGGGGCCAAGGAGAGAAGAUCAAUCUCCAUGUUGCUGUCACUGACACGGGUCCCGGCCUUGAUGAGAACGAGAGGGUAAUCCUUUUCCAACGAUUCUCGCAAGCUUCUCCUCGUACGCAUGUCCAGUACGGAGGCUCAGGUCUUGGUCUGUUCAUAUCCCGUAUCCUUACGGAGCUUCAGGGUGGGCAAAUCGGCGUUCAAUCUGAAAAAGGCGUCGGCAGUACAUUCGCCUUCUAUAUCAAGAGCCGGAAAGUCGAGCUACCGCAACUAUCUCCUACCACUAUAGUACCACCGCCAGUGAGUCCUUACAAGAUAACGGCAACACAGACUCUCCAGUACACAACUAGCAGGUCAGGCAGCGAUGCAGCGUCGCCGCAACUGUCACAGCGUAAAAACAGCCAAAAUGUCUCGCCUAUAUCGGCCCGUGAUCCCCAUGCUCCGCCACCCCUGGACGUGCUCAUUGUUGAGGACAACAUUGUCAACCAGACCGUACUACAGCGGCAGCUACGCAAAUCAGGAAACAAUACCCCUGGUAGCUCCAAGGCAUCAGCAUCUGACUCUGGGUCCGGAGAGAGCGAGAGCGAGAAGAACACCGAGAACAUCAAUAUCUCUGUGAUCCUCAUGGAUCUGGAGAUGCCCGUCAUGGACGGCAUGACGUGUGCUCGCAAGAUUCGACAACUCGAGAGAGCCGGCACCAUUAAUCGUCACAUCCCUAUCAUUGCUGUAACGGCAUACGCUCGGCCUGAGCAAAUUGAGAACGCAAAGGCCGCCGGUGUUGACGAUGUCAUCUCGAAACCGUUCCGUAUUCCGGAGUUGAUACCGAAGAUUGAGGAGCUCGUAGCGAAAUACCAAACCCACACUAUCUCGCCGUGA